CCUCUGUUCUCCUCCAGUGCGCGUUCUCUGUUUUCUCUCUGCUGUUUACGUUUAUCGAGUAACAUGGAGGACGAGGUCGAUGUUGACAUCGAAGGAGAUGACUUUGAUAACAAUAUUGGGGAGAUGGACGGAGGAGGUUUGGUGCAGGAGCAGUUCAUGCAGCCUACAGGGAAGAGCAGCGCCUGGAUACUGCCCUGGGAGCUGGACAGCUCCAUCAGCCCGGAGAACAGAGAGGUGAUAGAGAGGAUGUUGCUAGAGGAACAAUAUUACCUGACAGGUAAGGAGAUUCCCGACCACAUUUGGCACAGUGAUCCUCACAAAAAAAACAAAGUGAAAAAGUCUCCGGCCAAGAACAUAGCUUCGUCUGCUGGUUCAUCCUCUCGAUGGUCCCAACAGGAGAAAGAACUGUUUGAGGAAGGCCUGGCUCGGUUUGGUCGAAGGUGGACUAAGAUUGCUAAGCUUAUGGAAAGCCGUACCGUUCUUCAGGUUAAGAGUUACGCCAGGCAGUAUUUUAAACAUAAGGCAAAAUCAGAUCCUGGUCCUGCGGCUCCCUCUGUAGCUCCCAUAAUACACCUACAACCUCCUCAGCCCACCUCCAGUCAAGUGUCUACUCUUGCCAACGCUGUCCGCAUAGAGAAGCUUUCUGACGAUGAGGAUGAGGAUGUAGACAUCACUGACGACUUGAGUGAUGACGAAGAAGGCAAUAAACCACAGGCAGUCCUCAGCAGUGAUUUCUGUGGGCCUGAGGAGAAAACAGAUUCUGGGAGUCAAAGCUCCACAGAAGAACAUGUAAGUCUGAGUGGGGUAGAGAGCAUCCAUGAGACGAAGGAGAAACCGAGCCACAACUCUCUUUCUCCGCAAAGUCUUCAGCCCUCAUCUUUCCCUGGUUGCUCAGAAGAUCCUGGAGUAACAGAGCGAGAUGAGAAGGUCAACAAGACAGCAUCGGUAUUUCCACAAAGCUGUCAGACACCGCCUCACGCAGACUCAAAGCAGAUGUUCUCAGCAGGCAUUGCUCAACUGGAAGAAGCUUACAGUGAUGGAAUGGAUUCUUCAGACAAGAUUGAGAAAAAUCUAAAUGAUAGACCAUACAAUGACCAGGAGGAGGAGGAGAAUGAAGAUGAUGAAGAGGAGGAGCUGAAGGCCCCCGAACAAGAAAUAGAGAUGGACACAGAGACCAUCACCGAGGAUGAGAAGCAGGCUAUCCCAGAGUUCUUUGAGGGGCGACCAUCAAAAACCCCUGAAAGAUAUCUGAAGAUUAGAAACUAUAUCCUGGAUCAAUGGCUGAAGAGCAAGCCCAAGUACCUAAACAAGACAUCGGUCCGCCCUGGUCUAAAGAACUGUGGAGAUGUCAACUGCAUUGGGAGAAUACACACCUAUCUGGAACUCAUUGGAGCAAUCAACUUCAACUGCGAGCAAGCUGUGUACAAUCGUCCAAAGGUGAUGGACCGCUCCAAGCAUAAGGAAGGCAAAGAUGUACUGGAGGCCUAUCAGCUCGCCCAGAGGCUGCAGAGCAUGCGAACCAGGAAGCGGCGUGUGCGGGACAUUUGGGGGAACUGGUGUGAUGCUAAAGACUUGGAGGGACAGACAUAUGAGCAUCUAAGUGCAGAAGAAUUAGCUCUGCGGAGAGAGGAGAUGAAGAAGCAGCCUAAACCUUACAAGAUGUCCAGAUACCGAGGCUCUUUUGACCCCUUCCAGCUGAUUCCCUGCAGAUAUUUUGAAGAGGAUAUAAAGGAACCAUUCCAGGUUAUAGUCUGUGCUGAGACUCUUCUCAUCAUGGAUAUGCAUGCACAUGUGUCAAGGGGGGAAGUCAUUGGUCUGCUAGGUGGAACUUUUAAUGAAGAAGCAAAAGUAUUGAAGAUCUGUGCAGCAGAGCCAUGUAACAGUGUGAGCACAGGUCUGCAGUGUGAGAUGGAUCCAGUGUCUCAGACACAGGCCUGUGAUGUGCUGUCAUCCCUGGGAUUCAGUGUAGUGGGCUGGUACCACUCGCAUCCCUCCUUCCACCCUAACCCUUCAUUGCGAGACAUAAACACGCAGCACCAAUUCCAGAGUUAUUUUUCACGUGGUGGAGCCCCGUUUAUUGGGAUGAUAGUGAGCCCAUAUGACCCAGCUAAUGCCUCCCCCCACUCCCAGACUACCUGCCUAUUGGUAAAAGAGAACCAGGAGCCUUCAGGCCCCCAGAAGCUGCCGUACAGAUUCGACUUCCUGUCAUCACAAGACAUCCCCGACUGGGAGCAGACGAUGAGGAGGGCUCAGUGGAUCAUCCACAAAUAUUCUCAAGCACCAGGGAGUGUGCAGAUGGACAGACUAUUUCGGAGAGACUCCCAUCUCACAUGUUUGGAGAAGAUGCUGGCAUCACUGGCGAGAUACUUGGAACCCCUCCCAGAUGAGGUGGGAGACUCCUUUCUCACCCAGAUCCAGGCCCUUUUCAAAUCUGACUUUAUUUCCAAGCAGCAGUUGCCUGAUUCUGAAGAAGGAGAACCUUUAAAUAUCUCAUCCAAGCUGGUGGACUCGGGCGAACUAACUUUUGAUCAGCCGAUCAGCCCAGAGGAAGAGAAGGAACAAGAAGAAUCUGAGACUACUGGCAGCACCGUGUUGCAUUUAGGCUCUGUAUUGUCGACCGAACAUGACUAUUUACUGUGAAUAACCAUACAGCAGCAUACUUAAUAGUGAAUGACACCUUUUGUGAAUACAUUGUGGCAUUCAUUACUGGGUGUGUGUGAGAUAGUUUUUGUCAGUAAAGUUAUCAUGAACGUUUUUUCUCAGUUUAACAGAUUUCUUUUUGACAUCAAAAUAAAAAUCUAUUUUUAUAUUUCAGG